AUUUGAUCUUCCUUUCAUGUGCUUUUGAUCUCAUUCAAUACUAUAACCACGUUUAAUAUAAGCGGGGUUUAUAUCAAAAACAGGUGCAUUAAUCUCAAUUAUAGAUGCCACAGGGCUAUCAAUAAGAAAAUACUUCAAUUAAGUAAUUCUGACCCUGGAAAUCACAAAGCCAUUAAGCAUUUCUUCAAAAACAAAGACAACUGCAUUGGUAUGCAUUAUCACCAUUGAAUUUCCUUUAAACCUCUGAAAAUGAAAGAUUCUAGUGUACAUUUAACACCACAUUAUCAGGUGCCAUCCGGGAUCGUAAAAUGUUUUGCAGUAUUUUGUUUGAUAUUUCUGGUUUAUCUUCUCCUUUCAUUAGUCCUUGUUCCAAAUGUAAAUCAACUGUAUCAUUCACUUUCUUCCACGAAUGUCUCCCCUGCCUCUACAACUUCCCUUGAACACAUUGUUUUUGGGAUUGCCUCUUCCAAAAACUCAUGGUUUAGAAGGAAAGAAUAUGUUAGGCUUUGGUGGCAGCCGGAAAUAAUGAGAGGAUGUGUUUUUGUUGAGGAAAUGCCACAAGAAUCAAUAUCUGUAAGAAAUGAUUCUGUUUCUCUUCCGCCUCUAUGCGUUUCUGCUGACACUUCUCGAUUUCCAUACACGUAUAACGGUGGUCUAAGGUCAGCAAUCCGUGUAGCCCGGGUCGUAUCAGAAACUGUGGCUUUGAACCACAGUAAUGUCAGAUGGUUUGUGUUUGGAGAUGAUGAUACAUUUUUCUUUCCUGAGAAUCUGGCGAAGACCCUGGCGAAGUAUGAUCAUGGCCUGUGGUAUUAUGUUGGGACUAAUUCAGAAGAUUUCGAGGCGAAUAAACUUUUUUCGUUUGAAAUGGCAUUUGGUGGAGCAGGAUUUGCUAUAAGCUUUCCCCUUGCUAAAGUUUUGGUUAAAGUUCUUGAUCCAUGCCUGGAAAGGUACCCUCAUCUCUAUGGCAGUGAUGCAAGGAUUUUUGCCUGUUUGACUGAACUCGGCGUCUCUUUAACUCAUGAACCUGGAUUUCAUCAGAUGGAUGUUAGGGGAGAUAUGUUUGGUUUAUUAGCCGCCCAUCCCACGAGACCAUUGGUUACGCUUCAUCAUUUGGAUGCAACUGAGCCAAUUUUUCCCAACAUGACAACUUUGGAGGCUUUGAAACACUUAACUAAAGCAACAAGGUUAGAUCCUCAGAGGAUCUUACAACAAGCAGUUUGCUAUGAUCAAAGAUUAUCGUUUACAGUUUCCGUGUCCUGGGGAUACGCACUUCAACUGAUCAAAGGAAAUGUGCCUCUCCCUGAUGUCUUACGAGCCCAACAGACUUUCAGGUUCUGGAAAGAGACACCACAAGUUAAUAUUGAUACUCAGAGAUAUGACUCUGAUCCAUGUAGGCGGCCAGUUGUUUUCUUUUUCGACAGUGUCUCCUCCAAUGGGGAUCAUAUUGUUAGCAUCUACAAGAGGAUGGAAAAUAACUGUACAUAUGACUACAAAAUCGAAGAAAUCAGAGUGUAUUCAGAAAAGUUAGACCUUGACAUAAAACAGUUAGAGGCACCACGAAGGCAAUGCUGCAAUGUGUUGCAAUCCUCAAAAAGCAUUACAGAUAUCGGCAUUAGAGAAUGUGGACCUGAGGAACUAAUUCACAUGCAUCCAUAA